AUGAACGUAGUCGAUUGUGCAAGGUUUAUAUCAAUCAAAGAAGAUGUGAAUUCAUACCAAGAAACUGAUCUUGAUCAUUAUUUUAUUGUAUCAUCUUCAGUAUUGACAGCUUCAAUAGAAAAUUCAAACUCUGAACAAAACUCAUUGGAUGAAGAAAAUAAUUUAGAUGAUAGUGAUAACAAUGCAGAGUAUUUUGAUGAUGAAAAGAAUGGUGAUAUAUAUAUUAAUAAACGUCUUACUCAAAAACAAUUAAACUUAGCUGAUUUUUAUGAAAAAGAAACUUAUCGUCGUCCAAAACGGUCAAAUAGAAGGAAGCAUAUUCGACGUCAGAUUAAAACAAAACAUGCUAAAUCAAUUGAAAUUAAAGCAUGUAAUAAACAAUGGUAUAUGCGUUUUCGAUUAGAUAAAUUUGCUUUACUUGACUCAUCAACUGAGUGUUAUGAAAGUUCAUAUUCAUCAAAUGUUUUGUCUUCACAUACAGAUUUUCACUCGACUAGAUAUAAUCAUCAUAAUAAUCAAUUUCAAGAUUAUAUCAUUAAUGUAUAUAGUGUUCGUAAUCAAUCAGAUUUUGAUGGUGAUAUGAUAGAUAUCCUUCUCGAAAUGCAAAAUCGUGAUCUGUCUCCAAAUGAUUACGAAAUAUUAUUGAGACUCGAUGAACGUAUAAAAUGUAAAACAGUUGAUGAAAGCAUUUUAGAUACAUUAUUAACAAUUGAUGUUAAUGAAACUCAUUUGAAUGAUCUUUGUACUAUUUGUAUGGAAUCAUAUGAUCUUGGACAACAGCUUAAAUCGCUACCGUGUACACAUAUAUUUCAUUUGCAUUGCAUUGAAAAAUAUUUAAAAGAAUUUUCCAUUCAAUGUCCUUUAGAUAAUUUACCAUUAGUAUGA